CUAUACACAUAGAAGCCGGAGCCGAGGGGAAUGGUGUUUUGUUUCUUUUUUUCUUUUACUUUAAACCCAGAGUAUUUAUUCUUUAGUCACUAUAAUUUCUAUUCUUUAUUUGAUAGCUCUAAGUUUAGUCUCUCAUUUGGUCUUGAUUUAGCAAUUUACUGUUAGGUUGCCUCCCACGCCGUGCUGUUUUUGACAGUCGGGGUCGCGAUCAGAUAGCAACGGGCUAGCCAGCUAGCCUUAGCCAGCUCUCGAUACAAGAUCAUCAGCUGACCCGCACUCUAGUUUGCUAUCCCCGAGUCAAAGGAAGGAGACCCACCUCGGAAAUUCGCAUCUUCUGCUGUCAACUGAAUGAAAACGCACUGAAGAACGGACCUCUCCCGUUCCUGCGCCAUGUCGGAGGAGUGAGGAGGCGGAGACUGAGCGUUUCACCGGCAACCCCCUGCUGCUGCCCCCCCCCCCCCCCCCCCCCCGGAGAAGGAGCCUGCUAUGGAAUGCCCUCACCUCCCCUCCCCAGCCAGCUGCCCCAAGUAGGACCGCCCCGUGAUCCCGCCCCGCUCUGGGACCUGGCACUGCUCUCCUGAACUCAGCCAUAGGAGCGUUAUCUGGGUUGUGAACCCCCCCCUCCCCCUCCCCUAGUGCGAUGUCGCUGAGCUGUGGGCCGGACGUCCUGAAGGAGGGUCUGACCGACCCGGCAGCCUGCCGAGGCAAAGCUCCCAGCAAGGAGGGAGAGGGCAUGGAGGAGGAGCCCACCUCACUGGACCCCCAGCGACGGACGCAGAAUCAUGGCCACGGCAGGAAGAGGACCAAGUCCAACGCCAAGCAGAAGCUUGUCCGGAGUCUGGCAGUCUGCGAGGAGUCCUCAGGACCUUUCCCGUCCGACGGACUCCCUGAACCUCACACGCAGGACAUCAUCCAGCUGCACGUCAGCUGCCCCUCGGACAAGGAGGAGGAGAAGUCCUCCAAAGAUGAGUGUGAGAACGAGGAGAAGAACAAGGACAAGACCCCGCGGAAAAUGCUUUCUCGCGACUCCAGUCAGGAAUACACUGACUCCACUGGCAUCGACGUGCACGAGUUCUUGGUCAACACACUGAAAAACAAUCCCAGGGAUCGAAUGAUGCUGCUUAAACUGGAACAAGAUAUCCUGGAGUUCAUUAAUGACGACAAUAACCAGUAUAAGAAGUUCCCUCAGAUGACCUCGUACCAUCGUAUGCUGCUGCAUCGUGUAGCUGCCUACUUCGGCAUGGACCACAACGUGGACCAGACGGGCAAGGCAGUCAUCAUCAACAAGACUGGAAACACCCGCAUCCCGGAGCAGAGGUUCUCGGAGCACAUCAAGGAUGAGCGGAACGUGGACUUCCAGAAGAAGUUCAUCCUAAAGAGGGACGAUGCCAGCAUGGACAAAGAUGACAACCAGAUCCGCGUGCCUCUGCAGGAUGGGAGGCGCAGUAAGUCCAUCGAGGAGCGGGAGGAGGAGUACCAGCGGGUUCGAGACCGGAUCUUCGCCCGCGAAUCCUCUCAGAACGGCUACAUCAACGAUAACAGACUUUCCACCGACGGCUACUCCUCUAGCUCCCAAAAGCGGAGGCAGAUCUUUAGGGGUAACCGGGACAGUUCCAGCCGGGCAUCGAGCAGUCGGCAGAGCAGCACGGACAGCGAGAUGAAAUGUGUGGAGCCGCGGCCCUGGAGCAGCACGGACUCGGACAGCUCCAACCGCACGCUGCGGCCGCCCGUGACCAAGGCCAGCAGCUUCUCAGGCAUCUCCAUCCUGAGCCGGGGGGACAGCCUGGGCAGCAAGGGCUCUCUGGGCAGCGCCCGGGGCUCUCGAUCUGGUCUUCCUCUGGCAGUCCCAGACGCGUGUCCCCAGCCCCCUGCCCCCCCCCAGGCCGGCCGCAGCCUGCUGCCCUGCCCCCCCCAGCAGCCACCGCCCCCCCAGACUGCCCUGCUGCCCACCCCACCUCAGCACCCCAUGGGCAACCACAUGAUGAGCCAAACGGUGGCCUCUCCGCAGCCCGUGUCCUAUUCCAGCCCCUCCUGCCCCCAGGUCCUCCUGCCUGUCUCUCCUCCCCAGCAGUACAACAUGGCGGACGAGCUGGCCCCCCAGUUUGGCCAGAUGACGCUGAGCCGGCAGGGUUCGAGCGAGGCACCCGAGCCCCCCUCCAUGUAUCCCCCCCCCUCGGUGCACGCCCCCCAGACUGGCUACAUCAUGGCCCCCGGGGGGCAGCCCAUGCCCCCCCCGCCCUCCAGCUACCAGCCUGGCACGGGACACCCCCACCCCCACCCCCCACCUCCUCCCCCAGCACCGGCCCCGCCCGUCCUGCAAGCCCCGCCCCCUCCACAGGGCUACAUGCAGCCCCCGCAGCAGAUCCAGGUGUCGUACUACUCCCCAGGGCAGUAUGGGGGCUCAGGACAGCAGUACCGGCCCGUGUCUCACCAGAUGUCUUACUCUGCCCAGCGCUCUCAGCCUCUUCCCCAACCCACACCUCCGUCUGGCCUUCAGACGAUGAUGCCCAAUCAGCAGCCGGCAUACCAGGGCAUGAUGGGAGUGCAGCAGCCUGCCAACCCGGGGCUGCUUGGCUCCCAGCGCGGCGGGAUGGGGGGACAGAUGCAGAGCAUCAUGGUCCAGUACCCGCCCAUGCCCUCCUACCAGGUGCCAGUGGCUGGUGACACACAGCAGGUGGUGCAGCAGCAGUUCCAGCAGCCUGUCAUGGUGCCGGCCAGCCAGUCAGUGCAGGGCGGGCUGGCAGGCGGGGGCAUGCCCGUGUACUACAGCGUCCUCACCCCCCCCCAGCAGAACAGCACAAGCCCUUCGGUGGGAUACCUCCAGGCCCCCAGCUCUGAACAGUAUCAGAUGGCCCAGUCCCCCUCCCCCUGCAACCCCCAGCAAAUGCAGCAGCAAUAUUCAGGUGUGGCGCCCCCUGGCCCUGGGGUGAUGGUAAUGCAGCUGAGUGUUCCCAACGGGCCCCAGCCCACCCAGAACCCCCCCAUGGUGCAGUGGAACCCCUGUAAAUACUACAGCCUGGAGCAGAGAGCCAGCAAGCCUGGGGAGCUGUACAAGCCUGACUCCAGCCCUCAGGCCGGUACCCAGCUGGGCAGCCCCCUGGCCUCACCCACACAGUCCCCCACACCCUCUCCCUCCGGCAGCCUCAACAGCAUCUGCCCCGGCCUGGGCCCCCUGCCCCUCCUGCCGCAGUUUCCCCGGCCGGGCCCCGCACAGGGCGAUGGGCGGUACUCUCUCCUGGGACAGCCCCUCCAGUACAGUCUCUGUCCCCCACCCCUCAUGCACAGCCAAUCCUCCUACAGCUCCCAUCCGAGCCAAGGAGGAAUGAAGCCAGGGGCUCGAGGAAAGAGGCAAACACUGAAGUCCGCUUCUACAGAUCUGGGCACCACUGACAUGGUGGUGAGUCGGGUUCUGGAGGUGACGGACCUGCCCGAGGGCAUCUCCAGGCUGGAGGCUGAGAAACUCUUCAACCAGCUGUCGCUGUGCGGCGCCAAGAUCCAGUGGCUGAAGGACGUGGCGGGCGGGCGGGGCCCGGGCGGGCGGGGCCCGGGCGGGCGGGGCGAGGCGGGGGACCCUGCACACCUCUACACGGUGGUGGCCGUGUUCCCCAGCACCAUGGCGGCUCAGAGCGCUUCCUUCAAACUCAACAACAGCGGUGCUGGCCUCUUCAAACUCCGCGCCACUAACAAGAACUACGACCUGCGCGUGCUGGAGAGGGCCAGCUCCCAGUGAG